AUGGUCCCCACACCCAGGGUGCAACAUCUCCCACCACAUCUCCUCCUGGGCUUCUUCGGCAUCAUUGUGAGCGUGGUGGGCAUGAAAUGCACCAAAGUUGGUGAAGAGGAUCCUGUUACCAAGAGCCGCAUCGCUGUUGCUGGAGGUGUCCUCUUCAUCCUCUCCGGUCUGUGCACAUUGGCCGCUGUGUCCUUGUAUGCAACGCAGGUGACCUAUGAGUUCUUCAGAGAGAGCACUGUUCCCAUCAACGCCAGGUACGAAUUCGGCUCGGCUCUCUUCAUCGGCUGGGGGGCUGCCAGCCUCACCAUGCUGGGGGGCUCCCUCCUGUGCUGCUCCUGCCCUGCCAAGGAGCGCCGAGGACAGCAGUACUACCGGCAGUCGCAGCCUUCGACGGCUCGGGAGAUCCCCUGGAGCGGGCAGUGAAGUCCUCAAACGCUGAUGUGCUAAUUGCUUCCACCUCCUUGUACCUCGUCUCGACCACUACUAACUGCUCUGCAAACGCCGUAGCUCCAAUUUCAUCUGUAAAUCCCCCAAAACCCACCCAUCCAUCCAUGUUGCAUGAGCUAUGCCACCUAAAAACCAGUGGAAAUGAUCCAAAGAGCUUGAUUACAUAUUUUUUUAUUAUUUUUUAAAAUCCCAAUUAGCUGAAGUACCUGUUUUUUAAAAUUUUAUUUUGCUCAGGUUUAUUUUAUUUUUCUCUAUUUUUUUUCCUCUUAGUGUAUGCCCAUGUGCUGCUUUGGGUCCUGGAGGGGAAGCAAUGCUAUUUUUGCCCUGGGGGGGUUAAUUUCUCUCUCACACGGGACUAACAGCCCUCUUUCUCUUUUAAAUUGCAGACCCCCUGUAAAACUGUCUUCUUCACCCGUCAGGGGAGAGCAGUGCUUAUAGUCUGUCUUCACCCAUCAGGUGCUUGGUUGGCUGAACCCAAUUUACGGGGUUCCCCUCUAAAAAUACACACCAAAAGCUACUGCAGUGAGGAUUGAAAAGGAAACUUGUGCUUUAAAAA